CACAGUCCGUGAAGGCAGCAAACAACGGACACUGAAGGCAGCGUGAAAGAAGCGCCUUUACGUAGUCGUCACGUGAUUGCGUCCAACAGAAACAAACAUGGCGCCGCGAAAGUGUGGAAAACUCUAAUUUUUAGGGUCCAAGUUCGUGCCAUCCCGUCCCUGACAGAUGAGAGGAAGAAGAGGACACUCGCCAUCAUCAUCAUCAUCAUCAUCAGCUUGUUUUGUGUCUCUGUUGGUCAACGUUUCUCAGGAGCAGACCAGCAUGGCUCUGAGGAAGCAAAUACUCAAGGAUGCUGGCGACAUUCCCUCCGGAAGCCAACGGAUUGACUUAAACACACAGGAGGACGAAGCUCUAGACGACAAUGAGGAGCUCCUGUCGUCGUCGUCUUCGUCGUCGUCGUCGUCGUCAAGGUCAAGAGAAAAACGCAAGAGAGAGAAGGAAAGCAAAUCCAAACCCAAUGAGAUGACAGAGGAGGAGAUGAUGGACUUGGCUCUGCGUCUCAGUGAACAGGAAGCCAGCGUCACUGCGCUCAGACUGCAGCAAGAGGAAGAGGCCAUGAUGAAAGCCAUCCAAGAGAGUAUCGUCAGCCAGACACAACCGUGCCCGCCGUCCCAAAGUCCGAGCCCGCUCAACGAUGCAGAAGCUUCACUCAGGCUCUGCUCUCGACGGAAACUCUUGUACUCAAACAGGAAGUUUGCGUGUGCCGUCAGUCAGGGAGCGUCGGAGGACGUCUGCACACCAGAGACGGACCUGAACCGAGCAGACGAAAGUAACGACGGGAGUAAAAAGCGGAAAAGGAAAGAAGGAAGUCCUUUGCUGGAGAUGCCAGACUUGUCCCAGACUCAGAAGAUCUCCUGUCAGGCUUCACCCUGCAGCUCAGACUGCGUCUCAGCGCCUCUGGACUCUCCGCAGAGCUCUGACUCCACCCUGAUCGAUGAGUGUCAGCUCCAUAAAUCCCCCGUCUUCCCCUCGACUGGCUGCAGAGCCGAGGUUCACGUCCCCCGGCUGAGCCAGGACCUGCUGCAAACCUGCAGAACCUCAGGCUUUGUGUUGUGCUCUCAGGAAAGUUUAACCUCCACUCUGAAGUCUCCGCCUGCUCAACCCAAGAGCCCGACGUUUCCCAAAAGCCUCAAAUACUCCAAUAACUUCACUUUGUCCAGGAGUCCUGUCUUCUCAGAGACUGAUCGGGGAGACAAUGGAGCUGGACUGACGGAGCGGAGUCCUGAGUAUUUUAAAAGUCCAGUAUUUGGCAGGAAUACUCAGCAUGAGACGUCUGCAAGUGCCUGCAAACCCAAAGUCAGCAGCUCAGGGUUCAUGUUCUCCUCUCAGGAGAGUUUAACCCCCUCUGUGAGGUCCACGUCCUGUCGUUCUAAGAGCCCAGUAUUCCCAAAAAGCCCGGGCCUUUCCACGAACCCCCCUUCCCCUGAAAGAUCGGCAACCUGCAAAAGUCCUGUAUUCCCAGAGGCUGACGGAGGACAGACGGAGCAGAGUCGGGGAUGUUGCACAAGCCCGGUGAUCGGCAGGACCGGAGGACGACAAAAGGUCGAUGUCGAUGUGCAGAAUCACUCUGAGAGUCCUUCAGCUGCAGAGCUCAGAGGUUCAGACGGUGAAGGGAAUCCAACCACUACCAGGGAUCCAUCUCAGAGUCUGAGGCAGGACAGAGGGACGGAUCACACGGCGUCUGCGUCAGAUGAUGCAGAGGAGCUGAAUGAAAUAUCCAAAAACGGGAACUCGGCCGAGACGGCGCCGACCAGCAAUAUGGUGCUCGUCUGGUCCGAAGAGGACGACGACGUCACGCCGGUGGGCUCACCCAGCCCGGUCUUCCCAGAGGAGAAGCCUCUUCAUCAGGCAGACAGUGAGGCUGCUUCCCUGAACCACGUCACUGCAGCUUCUCCAGGGGUGAACUGCAGACCUUCUACCUCUUCCACAUCCACCGGCCGACUGCAGCUUCCCACCACAGAACAAGAACCACGGCCAAUCAGCAGUCAGGGAACCGACAGCAGGGCGUCGGCCCCGCCUCGGGACCCUGCAGGCGGGCCGACAGUGCACUACUACUGGGGGGUUCCCUUCUGUCCACGCGGCCUGGACCCAGACAAAUACACACAGGUGAUCAUGGCUCAGAUGGAGGUGUAUGAGAAGAGUCUGAAGCAGGCUCAGAGGUGUCUGCUGAGGAAGGCUGAGUGGGGAGAGGCCGUCCUGCCACAGCUGGAGAAGUCCCCUUCACCGGAGUCACGUGCUGAAUCACCUCAACAGCUCGUUCCUCGAAGGCGUGGCCUCAGACUGAAAGGAAAAAAACUGUGUGAGGAAGCCGAUUCCUGUCCCGCGGAGGAAGAAGACGAGAAGGAGGACGAGGAGGAAAGAGUGAGCAAAGAAGAAGAAGAGAAGAAGGAGCGGGGAGGAGAAGAAGGACACGUGGAUACUGACGAUGACUGUGAAGUUUGUCCAGAAACCCAACUGAGUGCCAUCGAUGACGACCGCACGCAAGAUCUGAUGUUGCCGACUAACACCGGAGCAGAGUCUGACUGUAAAAUGAGUCGGGAGCAGCCGGAGGUCGAGAUGAUUCUCCGGGUCGACUCUCCGUCCGAGGCUGAGCUGCAGGAUGACGAGGAGGAGAUGGAGGUGGAGGCGGAUGUGGACAGAAAGGCGAAGAGGAGCGUCCCUGUUAUCAGCAGCGAUGUUGGGGGACAACAUGUGACAAAAGAAGAUGUGGAGGAGAUAAAAGAUCGAGGGCUUCAGAGGUCGACGUCUCCCGAGCUGGAAGCAGCCGCCGGCCCUCAGAGCUCUGACACCAAAGUGGACUGUCCGAUCUGUCAGGGGUCCUUCCCGGUGACGCAGAUCGAGAGGCACGCUGCGUACUGCGACGGAGAGGUGGACGACAGAAGGCCCGAGAAGGACUGCUUCCAAGUGUCAUUGAAGCCUCGUAAGAAGAGAACCAGGACAGCAGAGGCGAGUGCUGAAGAGACUAACAAACCUUCCAACACUGGCAAGAAUCAAGAGAAAUGUUACAUCUGUCAGAAAGCCGUUCCCCUGAGAGACUACAGCCGACACACCGAGCUCUGCAUCCAGCGGCAGGCGUCCAAGACUGCAGCAAAGGGAAAUCUGCUGUCGGCUCUGCAGCAAACCGAGAGCAGAGACUCAGAAGCCGGGCCGUCUGGAUCCAAACUCCAGCUGGGAGAAGUCAUAGACCUACGGGAUGAUGAUGAUGAAGAUGAUGAUGAGGAAGAGGGAGGCAGCGUUUCACUGCUCAGGAUCAGCAACUCUCCCAUCAGAUCCUUCACUCCGAUCUCAGAGGCCACCGGCUGCCUUAUCGACUUCAAAAAACAGCAUCGAGCCAAGAAGCUGCGCCAAAGACGACGAUGAGGACGACCUCCUGCAGACGGCUGGUGCUGAAUGACCGAACUGGAAACCAGAGCCUUAACUGAACGCCGCGUCAGGAACAACCUGAUGGCGUGACAUUACGAUUAAAAAAGACUUUUAAACUGAACAACUUCCCGAUGUCACAUAUUUAUGCAGGUAAACAGAUACUAGCGGAGCACUUGGAAGACUGAUUGUAACUCUUUUUGUGCCACUAAAUGUUUGUCAGACUACCUCGUUAUGAAUUGAAACGUUUCCUUUUAGUUACAUUGAUCUAAUGACCAUGUCUCAACCCUCUGAGUGUAAAUGAAAUGCAUACAAACAACGUUUUCUGGCUUUUUAACUGGAAAUAUGAGAAACAAAGUUAUUGUUUGUAGCCAUGUGAGGCCACACAACUGUCACAUGGACCGCCAUAAAACUGUAAAGACGUUCAUGUUCUCCACACGAUGAAUCCGACUCACCUUCUGAUGUUUCCUCUAGCGCCACCUGCAGGUCAAAACACUCAAGUUUAUGUCGGGAACAAACACAACAUGCUAAAUAUUAGCAUGCUGACUUAACUGAAGUGUUAGAUGCUAACGUUAGCGUGUACAUUUGCUAAAUUGUAAAUGUAAAAUGUUAAACUAAAAUGCUUUACAAACAUAAUAUUGGAUAUUAACCAUGCUAACACCUUCACAUGCUAGCUUUUGCGUGCUGAUGUUAGCAUCUUAGCUAACGUUUAGCAAAUGCAAAUAUUAUAUGAUACCCAGAUUCCAGACAUUUUAAUCUGGUUUAAUUGAUUGGCAAACAACCGGCCAAUCAGAGCUUUGCAGGAUGAUGUCAUAUUCCUGUGUCAGAGCCAGAGAAAUGGAGACAAAUACUGUGGAAUCUGCAACUAACGAUUAUUUUCCUUAUUGAUUCAUGUUUGUUUUGUCUUUAAAAUGUCAGAAAAUAGUAAAAGUUGUAAUUUUCUAGAGCCCUAAGUAACAUCUUCAAACACCCAAAGAUAUCAAUUUAAUCAUAUAUGACAAAGAAGAGCAGGAAAUUUAGAUUUGUUAGCACAUUAAAUGGGAAUCAAAUCUACUACGUGUAAGAUCCCUCAUCACCUGCUCCCACUUUCAAUCUGUGACGAUCAAAUGUGCACCCAAAGCAGCUGCAAAGUGUCGCCACUGUCUUGUGAAAUAAUUGUGUCUCUGUCCCGAACAGUUUGUUUUCGUGCUUUCUCUUCACUGUCGACCAUUUUCAUCGCACAAAGUUGAUAUCAGCGACUUGUUCUCGUCGUUGACUGUAUGCUCUGAGUGUCCUAACCCUAACCCAGCACUUUAGAGUUAAGUGUGUUCGUUGUUCGACUUGAUGUCACAAAACAGAAGUCAAAGUAACGCUGAUGUUGCGUCGUUGGUGGAAGGGAUAAUACAGGAGACGCUACAGAAAUGUACUUUCUUUUGGGUUUUGUCCUUGAAAAUCUCUUUUUCACAGCGUUUGUCGAAUCCUUUCUUAGCUGUGUGCGACUUUGUAUUUCCUGUGAGACUUUGAAGCAAUGCAGGAACAUUUGAGACAUUGUUUCGUAAGACUGUCUCAAUCUUCAGUUGCACAAACUGGUCCAAAGUUAAGGAUUGAAAACUGUUACCUAAGUUCACAUAACGGACGACAAGCUGCUCAUCCAGAGUGAAGUAAAAACUGUCUUUAUAAACUUGUGUCCCAAAGUAAACGCACACUUUCCCACCGGUGUGUGAUCGUUAAACAUGUGACACCAUUAAUGCAUUAAUGUGCUGCCCUUUUUUUAACUAUUAAUUAAAUGAUUCCUUUCAUCUUGGAUUAAUUUGAUGAUCAUUUUAGUUUGUAAAAUAAAAUCUGAAAUAGU